ACUUCCCUCUCUUGGUGACUUGUUGGGAAUGCACUCACCAUUAAAGAAACCCCCCACACCCACCCUACCCUUUCCCAACUCAAAACACAACACUUUUCACUCUUAAUUAUCUCCCUCUCACCCUCUCAAAUCAAUGGCUACCUCACUCAUACUAUGUUCUUUCUGUCUCCUCCUUUUCCAUCUCCAAACCACAAGAGCCAACAACAACCAACACCCUAACUGUGACACCUUCAGAUGCGGCGGUGUAGACAUUCUCUUCCCUUUCGGUUUGAAACAAUCCAACCAAGAUCCUCGCUGCAGCUAUUUCCCAGUUCCAAGCUUCCAACUUUCUUGCAUCAACCGCACACAAACAGUUAUAGACAUCCCAGGUUUCGGGAACCUCGUCGUCAAAAACAUCGACUACGACUCCCAAAGCAUCCAAGUCAACGACCCCAAUGGAUGUCUCCCAAAACGGUUCUUACACAACUGGAACCUUUCGGGUUCACCUUUUAUUUUGAACCCCAGGAUUUAUGGAUCGUCUCCCUUCAACCUCACUUUCAUGCGUUGCCCCUCAAACGUCACGGGCUCGUCUCAGUUCCCUCCGUUAAUGCCGAUUUCGUGCCUUAGCGACAACAACCGAAACUAUUCGGUGAUAGCUUCGUGGUCGCAACCUAUUGUGUCGUCAACGAUGAUGCCGGAACUGUGUCAAGUAAUGUCUCAUUCUCUUGUUCCUCUCCCUGUGUUGGACAUGCCCAUGUGGCCCUUCUGGCCCGAUCUCAACACAGACAUUGAAUUGGUGUGGACCGAACCCAGGUGCGGCGAUUGUGCACUCAGUGGUCAAGUUUGUGGGUUCUCUGAUAAAAAAAAUCAAAGUCUUCGAGUUGGGUGCUUCCCUGGGGACUCCGGCAAAGGUCUUUCGAGGAGUGCAAAAUACGGGUUAACCAUUGGAGUGGGAAUACCAGGUCUGUUAUGCUUAAUCGGGAUUUCGUGCUUUGUCUGCGGCAAGUUUAGGAGGCUGAGCCACCGUCGACGUGGCACGCAUCUUCCCAUGAGCAUUUCCCUGCAACCCGUUCCUUUUGCGGCGGGUCUUGACGGUGCCACCAUUGAAAAGUACCCGAAAACUCUGAUCGGAGAGAGUGGUCGGUUAUUGAAGCCCAGCGACAACACCUGCUCAAUCUGCCUCUCAGAAUAUGAACCCAAAGAGACGCUAAGGAGCAUUCCGGAAUGUGACCACUAUUUUCACGCAGAUUGCAUCGACGAGUGGCUCAGGUUGAACGCCACCUGCCCCCUCUGCCGGAAAUCCCCGGAAACAUCCACGGCUUCCUUUUCUUCUUCCUCUCCCGCUUCCUCCUCCUUCUCCUCUCCACAAUAGACACCCUUUGCUUCUCAAUAAAUUGUUACCAAAACCUUUUUCAAUUCAUUUUUUUUCUUUGAAAAAAGAGUUAUUCAAAAUCACAAUUUGUUUUUUCAA